AUGGAUAUCCGCCUCCUCCGCGCCAGCGACAUCCCGCUGAUCCAACAUGCCAACCUCGAGAACCUGCCCGAGAACUACUUCAUGAAGUACUACCUAUACCAUGCGCUAUCAUGGCCACAGCUCUCCUUCGUCGCCGUCGACGUCUCGAGACCCAAGAAGACGCCCUAUGACUACCCCAAGAUCGUCGGCUACGUGCUGGCCAAAAUGGAGGAGGAGCCCGCAGACGGCGUGCAACACGGCCACAUUACCAGUCUGUCGGUGAUGCGCACGCAUCGGCGGUUGGGAAUCGCGGAGAAGCUCAUGAGACAGAGUCAACUAGCAAUGGUUGAGACGUUCGGCGCCCACUACGUCUCCCUGCACGUCCGCGUCUCCAAUAAGGCCGCCAUUCACCUCUAUAGCAAGACCCUGGGCUUCGACCGCGAGAAGACCGAGGCCAAGUACUACGCCGACGGCGAGGACGCCUACUGCAUGAAGCUCGAGCUCUCCGAUAUCCGGAACCAGAUCCGCGAGCAGAGGGACGCCGAGUUCCCCGAGGACGAGGGCGAGCCCGUGGGCGACGUCGGCAAGGCGGGCGAUGACGAGAAGACCCUGGCGCUGAGAAACAAGGAGAAGGAGAAGGAGGGCCCCAAGAGGAAGGUCAAGGUCGGCAGGGCACUCGGUAUCACAGAUCUCGUCGAGAAAAACGAGAGUAGUAAGCAGGCGUAG